CUCUAUUAAGUGGAUCAAAAGCCAUAGGCGAUAGAAUGGGAGUCUAAACCCAGAUUUUUGUUAAAAAUUGAGUAUUGAAAACCGAAGAAUGUGAGUUGAAUGAGUGUUUUUCAAGAAAGAAACGCCACUUUCCUCAAUCUAUUUCUCUUCGACUUGGCAACAUCGGCUCAUGUCACACAACAGUUUUCCCAAUGUCAACAUAUGAUUGCUUUUGUUUUAUUUGCUCUCCAACCCACGGAAUAUAUCACCACUGUACAAUCAAAUUGAUUCUUGUCUUCUCGGGAUCUGUCUUUAGGAGUAAAGUAUGUCACACAUGCACCAAAACACAGACAACGGGGCUGUAAAGGUGGAGUCUUUAUGAGUUAUAAUUGCUGCUUGUUUUAGCUAUCCAUGAUAAUGCCCCAAAUUAGACCGGGGUCUUCUUAUUUUCCAUUUUUGUUUUUUUAAAAGAAAAACCGGGGAUCAAUCAAUUAUCAAUCUGUGGUUGUGACUUGUGAUAGGGUCUCUCAUGUUUCUCAAGUGAACUCAAAAUUGAAAUGAUAGGAGCCCUCUGCAUUUAUUUUUAUUUGAAGGGGGGGAAUGAAUUUGAAUUCAAUUCAAUAGAAGAAAAGGAGUUUUAUUGAAGAGCCUUCUCCGACUGAUGGCUCCUGGGAGAACUUCCGGAUUCCAUCGCCAAGGAGAUGACUGGUUCAGCAGUUCAAGUUUGCAAAGUGAUAUAACAGUAGUGGUGGAUGAAGUGAAGUUCCAUCUCCACAAGUUUCCUCUUAUUUCUAGGUGUGGGAAGAUAGCAACUAUUGUUGAAGAGUCUGAAAGUUCCACUGAGAGGACAUUGCAAGUUCAUCUUGAAGAGUUUCCUGGUGGUGCCGACACGUUUUUCAUAGUAGUAAAAUUCUGCUAUGGUGGGAGGCUAGAGUUCACACCCAAAAACAUAGUAAUUUUGUAUUGUGCUGCAGAUUAUCUUUCGAUGACUGAUGUUUAUGGUGAAGAAAAUUUAUUGUCCAAAUCGAAAAGUUAUUUCCAUAAGCAUAUCCUAAAAGAUUGGAAGGAUUGCGUUUUGGCUCUCCAAAGCUGUGAAUUAGUUAUCCCAAGAGCCGACAAACUUCAAAUUAUAAGUAAAUGUAUUAACGCGUUGUCUGUAAUGAUCAGCACAGAUCCCUCAUUGUUCGGAUGGCCUAUGAUGAUGUAUGGUAGCCUACAGAGUCCUGGAGGGAGCAUUCUGUGGAAUGGGAUAAAUACUGGUGCAAAGAUCCAUAGUAAUGAAUCUAACUGGUGGUUUGAGGAUGUAUCGUAUCUCUGUGUCAAGUUAUUUGAGAGGCUGAUUCAGACAUUGGAAGCCAAAGGAAUAAGUCCGGAGAACUUAGUACGUGCCAUAAUGUACUAUUGUAAAAAGUAUCUUCCAGGACUGGGCCGCCGAUGGCAGGGAGGACAGAGUAGUUUGUCGAGGACUGUUACUAGUUUCAGCAUGAUUCCUGCCAAUGUUAAUCAAGUUGCUCUUUUGCACAGUGUUAUCAAACUUCUGCCAGAGAAGCAAGGAAAAUCUUUUUGCCGUUUUCUGCUGGGACUUUUGCGUGUUGCAUUGAUCUUGGGAGUUAACAAUACAUAUCGGGAUUCUCUGGAAAGGAGAAUAGGCGUGCAGCUCGAUUUGGCAACCCUGGAUGGUCUACUGAUACCUAAUUAUUCUGAUUCUGAUAAUUUGUACAACACCGAUUGUGUUGAAAGGAUGAUUCGUCAUUUUGUAUCUUCGGAGUCUAAUGUAGCUUCAAUAUCUCCAUUAUCUACCGACCUUAAUACAUCACCCUUAUCUGGGAGUUUCAUGAGAGUUGCUAAAUUGGUAGAUAAUUAUGCAGCAGAGGUUGCUUCUGAUGUAAACCUGAAACCUGGAAAAUUACGUGGACUGGCAGAAGCGUUGCCAGAAUCUUCAAGAUCUUUGCACGAUGGGCUAUACCGAGCACUGGAUAUAUACUUUAAGGCACAUCCCUGGCUUUCAGAUAAAGAGAGGGAGCAGCUUUGCAACAUUAUUGAUUUUCAGAAACUCUCAAUUGAUGCUUGUGCACACGCAUCUCAAAACGAGAGGCUCCCACUCAGAGUCGUACUACAGGUCCUGUUCUUUGAGCAGAUGCAGCUGCGGACGGCCUUAGCUGGCUGCCUAAAUGUUCUCGAUGCUGAAAGUGCGCCUACAGCUUCUCUGGCCAUUCCUAACGAAACAGCUGGGCAAAGUGUCCGUCAAGAUGGAUGGGUAACAGUUGUUCGCGAGAACCAGGUGCUAAAAGUAGAUAUGGAACGGAUGAGGUCGAGAGUUGGUGAACUGGAAGAAGAGUUCAGUAAAAUCAAGGAAGAGAUGAAAAAUGCAACCAAUUCAAACAGUUACCUUAGCUCUCCACUUCUUGUUCCGAGAGGGACUGGAGGCAAUCUACUUCCUCAGGCUUCAGAUGCCCAACAAGACGUCGUCGAGAGUGGGACACCAACUCCAAGAGCAUCAGUCGAGCAGGCGCAACCAUCCAUCCAGAAUCCUAGACAUGGAAAAACGAGGGGGCAACCAUGGAAUAGGGACUAGUCAGCACAAGGUGGCAAUGCUAGGUUUUCUUCUCUUGCAGUAUGUGUGAAGCAAACGUUGAGAAAAUGGUGCUUGUCCAUGUCUUGUGCGAUGGUGUUUGUCCAUGUCCAGUGCCAUAGCUGGAGAAGGUAAAGAAGCUUCUUUAAAUGUAGCAAAACAUAGCUUUAGAUGGUGAAUGGGGCUGGGGAAAAAAUUCUAGCAGAUGAGUAUGAGCUUAGGUUUUUCUGUAAUAAUGUAGCAACACGUAGCUUUAGAUGAUGUACGGGAUGAUAUACACUAGACUACUAGAGUUAUUUCCUCGGUUACACAGCAUUCACAAAAGCUGAAUGUAUAAUGUAUAGUUUGUAUCUUAUGAUGUUAUAGUUGUAUACACUUAACAAGCAUAGAUAUUGACAGAUUCUUGAUUCGUUCUG